AUGUUGGCAUGCGAGAAGGCGCGACCUUACGGAACUUCCGUGAACGGAGAACUUGGAGAGAAGCCGCGCAAAUCGUGCUCUGGGGACGUCACAGGCGGAAGCGGAGCGGGCAGCGGCACGAUCAGCGGGAGCGGGAAGCAGAUAGCUUAUAAAGUCGACCCGCUGUCUGUCUGUCCCUAUCUACACAACGAUACAGAAAUCGACUUCCCGCUACCGCCUAUCAACGUGCCGUGCGGUUUAAGCGCACCGAUCGAGCGACGUGGUCGCGGCGUUUGGAAAGUGUGUCAGUGGCACGGUUCGCGACUCGCUCGCUCUGUGCCACAUCCGCAAACAACGCCGGCCUACGAACUCGGCGCGCCGAGAAGAGAAAUUGCUCCUUGGCGCACCGCGCGCUCUUUUGCGAACGUUAAG